AUGUAGAUUGUACCUAACUUCAAAAGAAAAGUGUUACAAUUAUAUGAGAUGAUCAAUUGUAGACAUGGACUUAUGUUGGUUGGAUAGACUAUGAGUGGCAAAACCUCUUGUUAUUAAGUAUUAGCGUCUACUUUAACCCAUUGUCAUAAAAAUGGGUUAUAGGAUGAGAGAUGUGUUCAAUAUCAUGUGUUAAAUCCGAAGUCUAUAACUUUGAACUAAUUAUACGGAUACUCUGAUCCUGUCAGUAAGGAAUGGACGGAAGGAGUAUUGGGUGAGAUAUAUCGUAAAUGUGCUACAUCCACUUCUUAGGAUAGACAAUUUUUGGUUUUUGAUGGCCCUGUAGAUGCUGCAUGGAUUGAAAAUAUGAAUACAGUCUUAGACGAUAAUAAGAAAUUGUGUUUAAUGAGUGGAGAGACCAUUGCAAUGACUGAUCGAAUGACAAUUAUCUUUGAAGUUCAAGAUUUAACAUAGGCUUCUCCUGCAACUGUGAGUAGGUGUGGUAUGGUAUAUUUAUAGCCUGACCAAUUGGGAUGGUUUAAUGUAUUUUUGAACAAAUUACAAGAAAUUUAAAAUAUAGAUUAAAGUAUUCUUAUGAGAAUUUCAGAUCUCUUUGAAACCAUAGUUGACAAGGCUCAAAAAUUCAUUAAAUAAAAGUGCCAUGAAUAUGAAUCAGUACCAGAGAACUCGUUUUGCAUUCAUACCUUAUCUAUGCUCAUUCAAUUGAUUUAGACUUAUCCUGAAGUUUUAAGAAAGUAAACAGAUCCUAGCAUUCUGAUUGAUGCAUUCUUCAUAUACUCAGUUGUAUGGACAGUUGGCAGUUCCGUCGAUGAGAUAGGUAGAAAACAUUUUGAUUAAUAUCUCAAAAAACUAAUUAAGGAACCUCUCAGAAAUGAGAAUAAAAAAGAUGUUGUCAUCAAAAUAGACAAGUAAUCCUAAAUCCCAGAAUUAUCUAAUACAAAUAUCUAUGAUUUCUUCUAUGAUCCUGAGUUACUCAAAUGGAGAAUGUGGAAGGAACUUCUUAAAGAUUCUUAAAUUCCAGAAAACAUAGCCUAUUAAGAGAUCCUUGUUGAGACCUCUGAAUCCCUCAGAAUUACAUCCAUUAUUGACAAAUGCAUAAAUCGUCACUCUCCAUUACUGAUAAUCGGCCCAAGUGGAGUUGGUAAAACCUGUUACAUCCGAAAACAUAUCUCAACAUUGCAAAACUACUUAAAUAUUUUUGUCAAUUUCUCAGCUACCACAAGUGCAAACAAAACUCAAAUGAUUAUUGAUUCUAAGGUAGAAAGGAAAAGGAAAGGUUUCUAUGGACCCCCAUUGGGUUUCAUCGGAUUAAUUUAUAUCGAUGACAUGAAUAUGCCUGCUCCUGACAAGUAUGGCACGCAAGCUCCUCUGGAAUUGAUACGACAAUUCUUAGGUACCAAAGGAUGGUAUGGAAAUGAUAGACAAUUCAUGCAUAUAUUGGAUUGCAACGUUAUUGCAUCUAUGGGAUUACCAGGAGGUGGAAGAAGCUUUGUUUCUCAAAGAUUGUUGAGAUUCUUUUAGAUUGUGUCCAUUGUCACUCCUGACACCAACAAUAUUGUACACAUCUUCACUUCCAUCAUCUCUUGGCAUUUGAAUAACAUCAAAAUCGAAAACACAGAUAAUGACAUUAGGAAGAGUUUCCAAUAUGCAAUCGAAGCUACAAUUGAUUUAUAUAAUUAGAUUCGAGAUUAAUUAAAGGCAACUCCAAAAAAGUCAUGGUAUAUCCUUAAUAUGAGAGACAUCAGUCGAGUAGUUCAAGGGAUGACUUUAGUGAUGAAUGCCAAAGAGUUGUCACUUGAUCAUAAGAAAGUUCAGAGAUUAUGGCUUCAUGAAACCACAAGAACCUUUUUUGAUAGAUUGGAAUAGGUUGAUCAUGAACAAUAUUCAUUAAUGUUGGCAAACUCAAUUAAACUAAAAUUAAGAGAUGAUCUAAAACACAUGAUUAAACCAUAUGAUGAUGUUGCGACUACUAAAUACAAUAUAAAGAGUUAUGUUUGGUCAGACAUUCUUUCAGAAGAACCCAAUGUUUCAGAAAGGAAAUACACAGAAGUGAUGUCAUCAACUAGAGUGUAUUCAAAAUUGCAAUUCUAUUUGGAAGAUCUUAAUUCCAAUACAAAAAAGCCAUUGAAUUUGGCAUUAUUUGAUUAUUGUGUUGAGCAUCUCUUAAGAAUCCAAAGAGUCUUAAAUAUGACUUAAGGUCAUUUGUUAUUGAUUGGUUUGGGAGGCUCUGGAAGAUAGAGUCUCACUAGAUUGGCAUGUUUUAUUAGAGAAUAGGAAUUCUUACAAAUUGAGGUAGGCAAAGGAUAUACUUAUGAACAAUGGAAAGAAACAAUGUAGAAAUUAAUGAUAAAUGCUGGGGCAGACAAUAAGGAGAUAACUCUUUGUAUUUCAGAUUCAUAAAUCAAGAAACCAUUUAUUUUAGAGGAUGUUAACAAUCUACUAAAUACAGGUGAUAUUCCUAAUCUCUUUGGAUAGGAAGAUUUCAUUCCAUAAAUAGAUAAAUUGAGAUUGAAAGCAAAGAAGGAAGGCAAAUAGUAGUUGUUUGAUAAUGGGAAUAAUGCGCAAUUCUAUGAUUAUUUCAUUGAAUGUGUGAAGAAGAAACUCCACGUCGUUUUGGCAAUGAGUCCCAUAGGGGAUACUUUAAGAUCAAGAAUACGUAUGUUUCCAAGCAUCGUAAAUUGUGCAACAAUCGAUUGUUUCCAUUAAUGGCCUGAAGAUGCUUUAGAGGCUGUGGCUAGAAAGUUCUUAGAGGAUAUACAAAUCAAGGAUAGUCAAUAAAGAUUAUUGGUUGCCUAGUGCAAAUAUAUGCAUUCCUCAUUACAGACUAUUAGUGAGUAAUUCAAAUCUCAAGAAGGAAGACACAAUUAUGUUACUCCUAGUAGUUACUUUGAGUUAUUGAAGACAUUUUAAGCUGUUUUGCAUGUAGAGAAGACUAAGUUGGAAGAUACUAGAAAUAUGUAUAAGAAUGGAGUCACAAAACUUGAUCAAACUUCAGAGGAAGUUAAGAGAAUGGAGGCAGAAUUGAUUGAAAAAUAACCUAAAUUAGUUGAAAUGAAUAUUGAAGCCAGUAAGUUGGCAGUUAUUAUCAAAUAAUAAGCAGAUGCUAUGGAACCUAAGAGAUUGUAAGUACAAUAAGAGGAGGCUCGAGUUUCAGAAUGUGUUAAGGAGGCUGAAAUAAUCAAUUAAGAAUGCGAGAAGGAAUUAUCUGUGGCAAAGCCUAAAUUAAAAUAAGCUGAAGAAGCUUUAAAUACCCUAUCUCCUGCUGAUAUUAAUUCAAUUAAGGCUAUGUUGAAACCACCCAUCACUGUUAAGUUGGUGAUGGAAUCUGUUUGUGUCUUGUGUGGAGUUCCUCCUAUUAGUAUGCCUAAACCUGAGAAUCCAAAAGAAAGAUUUAUGGAUUAUUGGGAGGCGAGUAAGAAGUUUUUAGCAGAUAAGGAUUUCCUAUAAAAAGCUGAUUGGCUAUGA